CAGGGCCCGGGCCAUGCGUGCACCGUGAGGGCCGGGCGUCGGGACUUCGCGAGCUGAUGCGGACUCGCUUUUGAGCGGCUGGGGACCAGCGAAGCAGCCCCAAAAUGGAGGAUUUUACUACCAGGACCUACGGCACCAGCGGCCUGGACAACAGACCUCUUUUCGGGGAGACGUCUGCCAAGGACCGAAUCAUCAAUUUAGUUGUUGGCAGCUUAACCACCUUGUUGAUUCUAGUAACACUGAUCAGUGCUUUUGUUUUCCCUCAACUACCUCCCAAACCACUGAAUAUAUUUUUUGCUGUCUGCAUCUCUUUGAGUAGUAUUACUGCCUGCAUACUUAUCUACUGGUAUCGACAAGGAGACUUGGAACCGAAAUUUAGAAAUCUAAUUUACUAUAUCUUAUUUUCUAUCAUCAUGUUAUGUAUAUGUGCGAACUUGUACUUCCAUGAUGUGGGAAGGUGAGGCUACCAAGAAGAAAUACUUACCAGGACUCUUGGAAACUCUUAUGUGAAUUGACAGC